AUGACAAAUAUUCAUAAUAAUAAUGAAGAAGAUCUAAUUUAUGAUACCGAUGGUUGUUUAUUAUUUAUGCAAACCGCUCAAUCAAAUUUAUCUUUAUUUAAUGUUAGUUGUGACUCACUUAAUUCAAAUGAAAAUGAAGAUUUUAAUAUAAAAUCAACACAAAUAUUAAAUUCAAAUAAACAAUACAGCAGUUCAAUCGAUAUUCAUUUCGAAAUAAAAAAAAUUAAUCAUCGUUCAACAAUAAUCUUUUCCGAUGAUACGAAUAUUUCACAAACAAAUACAUUACAAAGAUGGAAAGGACUUGAAUUAUUAAAUACAUAUGCAUAA